AUGCCUGUGACGGCCAAACCCCGUAUCCGCUCUCGAAAUUAUCGUUACCAAGCUCGGUGGAAACGGGGCAAAGAGGACAGACAAGUCAUUCCGCGUGUACCCAAAGAGAAAUACUCAAGGCUGCUCAUUGACAACCUCAAUUUGGGCCUCGCGGAUUUCCUGAACGUUCCAUCAUGGACUAGGCAUCACAUCGAAAUACCUGCCGUUGAUAGCCCAACACGCUUUGGGCGAUUUGGCGGCCAAUUCGCUCCAGAGUUGCAGAUGAGCCUCCUGCUUGAUCUCCCCAGUGUAUUCCACAGCAUCAUCUCAGACGACAGUUUCUGGGCAGACUUUUCUGCCUGCCCCCUUAUUCGCCCCAGUCCUCUUCAUUUAGCCCAGAACCUGACCCAGGCCGUUGGUGGGGCGAAUAUCUGGCUGAAACGCGAGGACCUCAAUCCUUACGCCAGCUAUCAAACACGCAACAUCGUAGGCCAGAUCCUCUUCGCCCGUUAUGUCGGAAAGACGGAGAUUGCCAUGGACUGCGCGCUUGCGGGACACGGUCUUGUGUGUGCCACUAUGUGCGCGCGCAUGAAUAUCAAAUGCACAAUCCUCAUGGGUUCCUCUGAUAUCGCCGCACAGCCCGACGGCGUCAAGGAGAUGAAACGGCUCGGUGCGAAUGUGAUCAGUGUGCAAUGCACGAUCAAAAACGACGGUAGUGGCACGCUCCGAGCGGCAGCAAAUGAAGCCCUGCGCUACUCACUGACACGCCUUGACUCGACCUACCAUAUCACUACCGGCACUGUUGGUCCCCAUCCACUCCCAACCAUCACCCGCACCUUCCAAUCUCUACUAGGCCAGGAGAUCAGGAACUGCGUCGCCAAACCACCCGGCAAGGCAUUCAGGCCUUCGGCCCUCGUCUCUGCCACCGGUCCAUCGGGCGCCGCUGCCCUAGGCAUGUUCGCCCCGUUCAUUUCCGACCCAAGUGUGCGCCUCAUAGCAGUCGAAGCCUCCGAUGCAGCUCCAUUAACCCACGGCUCAGUGGGCGUCAUGUACGGGUGCAAGACUCUCCUGCUUCAAGACGAGAAUGGCCAGAUCCUCCCUUCGCAUUCCAUUUCCCCAGAUCUGAACUUCCAGUGCGCAGGGCCUGAGUUGGCGCAUUGGAAGGAUAUCGGGCGGUUGGAGACGGUUACGGCAUCGAGUGAGGAGGCUGUACAGGGUUUGAGGAUUCUGGCUGAGAGUGAGGGGAUUGUGCCGGGUUUGGCGACCGGCCAUGCCGUCUUGGAGACUGUGAGACUUGCGAGGGAGCUGGGCGCUGGUAAGGAUGUUGUGCUGCUUGUUUCGGGGUAG